CACUUUUUUCCUGAUUAUCCAAUCCGUUCGCAUUUUGACUACCAUGGCCGCUUCCAUCUCAGCAGCGUCUUCCUCUGUAAUCCUUCAUUCUUUGAACUCUUCUUCCACACGUGUGGGACCUUCAUCAUCAUCAUCUUCACAGCUUCAAUUUCCUGUUCGCCUUCUUCCAAUUGGUACUCGCCGUCUUUCCUCUUCCUCCCGCUCUCGUUUCCUUCCUCUGGUUCAAGCAAAGAAACAAACCUUUUCCUCUUUUGAUGAUUUGCUUGCAAACUCCGACAAACCUGUAUUUGUUGACUUCUAUGCAACCUGGUGCGGUCCUUGUCAAUUCAUGGUUCCUGUACUUGAGGAAGUGAGCGCUCGGCUUCAAGAUCAGAUACAAAUCGUUAAGAUUGAUACUGAGAAGUAUCCUAGCAUUGCCAACAAAUACAACAUUGAGGCAUUGCCAACUUUCAUCAUCUUUAAGGAUGGAAAACCCUUUGAUCGCUUUGAGGGAGCGUUAACAGCAGAUAAGCUAAUUGAACGCAUAGAAACCACUCUCAACGUAAAGCAAUAACUCUGUUAAAUGAAGACACAAAAGUUUGUCUAUCGGAUGUUGGGAUCACAUACAUGGUUGGAUAGGAGGAUCAAAUUGUUGCUUCAACUUCAUUCAGACUUUUUUCUGUAGUUAUCCCAUUAUUUUUGGCAAGAUCCAGCCAAUAAAAAAUUUGAUUGUUUAAAAAGCAGUAGCAAUUUUAAAAAAUUGACAAGUAAACUCUGUCAUGUUUGCGAGAUCUUCAGUAUUGAGUUCACCAAUAUCAAAAUUCUUGUACAUGAUAUAUAACUUAGUUUUGAUUUGGGGGUUUUAAAAACAAA